UUUGCUGUGACGGGUCAACACAGUCGGGGAAGUUUCCGAGGUCUACGAAAAGUCUUACUAUUUAUUUUUAUUUUUGGACGGGGGACUCUCCAUUUCCGGAUUUAAGCCGUCGUUUCUGUCAUUUUUGCCAUUGAUUUUGCUCGAAUGAUGGACUGAGAGACAGAAAAACAAAAUAACAACAUGGUGGUGAAUUCGGUGCACUGGUUUCGCAAAGGGCUGCGGUUGCACGAUAAUCCGGCAUUGCAAGAGGCCCUGAACGGAGCGGACACUGUGCGCUGUGUUUAUAUUCUGGACCCCUGGUUUGCUGGUUCUGCUAAUGUGGGAGUCAACCGAUGGAGGUUUUUGCUGGAGUCUCUUGAGGACUUGGACAGCAACCUGCGGAAACUGAACUCGAGAUUGUUUGUUGUGAAAGGGCAACCCACUGAUGUCUUCCCCAGGCUUUUUAAGGAGUGGCAGGUGACGAGACUGACAUUUGAGUAUGAUCCAGAACCUUAUGGGAAGGAGAGGGACGGAGCCAUCAUCAAGAUGGCCCAUGAGUUUGGAGUUGAAACCAUAGUCAAGAAUUCGCACACUCUUUACAACCUGGAUAGGAUCAUAGAGUUGAACAACAACUGCCCUCCUUUGACUUUUAAGCGGUUUCAGGCCAUUGUGAACAGACUGGAGCUGCCCAGGAGACCUAUACCUACCAUCACCAAACAACAAAUGGACAGAUGUAAAACUCAAAUAGCUGACAACCAUGACCAACACUACAGUGUACCUUCUCUGGAAGAAUUAGGUUUUAAAACAGAAGGCCUACCUCCUGCUGUUUGGAAAGGAGGGGAGUCAGAGGCCUUGGACAGACUCAAUAAACACCUGGACAGAAAGGCAUGGGUGGCCAACUUGGAGCACCCACGGGUCAACAUGUGCUCUUUGUUUGCCAGUCCCACUGGUCUCAGCCCUUAUGUUCGCUUCGGCUGUCUGUCGUGUAGGGUUUUCUACUAUAACCUUCGAGAGCUUUACAUGAAGCUUCGUAAGCGCUGCAGUCCUCCACUCUCUUUGUUUGGCCAGUUGUUAUGGAGGGAGUUCUUUUAUACAGCAGCCACCAACAAUCCAAAUUUUGACCGCAUGGAUGGAAACCCUAUCUGUGUCCAGAUUCCAUGGGACCAGAAUCCUGAAGCGCUGGCUAAGUGGGCUGAGGGACGGACUGGGUUUCCCUGGAUAGACGCAAUCAUGACCCAGUUACGACAGGAGGGCUGGAUCCAUCACUUGGCUAGACACGCUGUUGCCUGUUUUCUCACUAGAGGGGACCUCUGGAUCAGCUGGGAGAGUGGCAUGAAGGUAUUCGAGGAGUUACUACUUGAUGCAGAUUGGAGUGUGAAUGCUGGCAGUUGGAUGUGGCUGUCCUGCAGUGCCUUCUUCCAACAGUUCUUCCACUGCUACUGUCCUGUUGGCUUUGGAAGACGCACUGAUCCGUCAGGAGACUACAUUAGGCGCUAUAUCCCUAUGUUAAAAGACUAUCCGAAUCGCUAUAUCUAUGAGCCCUGGAAUGCCCCCAAUUCAGUUCAGAAGGCAGCCAACUGUGUGGUGGGAGUGGAUUACCCCAAACCUAUGAUCAACCACGCUGAGGGCAGUAGGCUUAACAUAGAGAGGAUGAAACAGGUCUACCAGCAACUAUCACAUUACAGAGGACUUAGUCUCCUUGCAUCAGUGCCAACUAUUCAGGAGGAAGCAGAGCCACCGAUGACUGACGAAUCACAAAACAGCAGUGGCCCUGACUCCCCUCAUGAAGCACCCACUGACAGUGAGCACCCAACGUGCAGCUCCACAGUUCCUGACUCCUCUACAGUCUGCACGUCUUUUGCUGCUCAUGACCUACACCCGACUUCAAGCUCACAUCCAGAACAAACAAGAAGUGAGCCAUCUCAGCCUCCCUCCACCUUGGCACCUACAGCAGCUAUAAAUGCUGCAUCUGAAACCCAGCCACCAGUCACAUCUCCAAAUCAUAGCCUUAGCCAGGUCUUAACCUCUCCUCCCUGCUCACCAGCUCAACGAAGCUUAGCCACUAGCCCAGUCCCAGCUCAGAACCUGUCUCCAAAACUCAAAACCACGACCUCAUCUCUAAGUCCAACCUCAUCCAACAUCAGAGCUUUAUCUCCACAUCCAGCUUUUACCUAUGCUCCGGUCCAGGCCUGUUCUCUAGGCCAGAGAAGGAGAGGCCAACCCCGCAAGCUGCGACGCAGUCAGAGGCACAGAGGUCGACAAAGCUGUAAUACAACAGUCAGGAUGGGGGAGAAGAAAACGGAGGAAGGAGAAGAGGAGAUGGAAGAGGAGGUUAAGAGUGAGGACAACAUGGAAGAGGAGAUGUCUGAAGGGAAAGAGGACAUUCAGCAGUGAUACCCCAAAUUCAGGAGGGAAAAGUAAGAGAUGUGUGUAUCUAAGAUAGUGGUAAACAAAGGCACUGUGUAUGUGAGAGGUGGAGAACAAGAAUCAUUGAAGUCUGUCAGCAUAAUGUCUCACAUCAGAGAUGGUAUUAGAAGAGCCUCAGACUGGCCCAAUGAAGCCAGAAACGUGCUAUUACUCAUCAACAGUUCUGUUUUUUGCUAUUGAUGGUUAUCUGGCUUCAUCAUAUUGCUCUGCAAUGUGUGUUGAAGUAGUUUACUGUAGAGUGAUAAGCAGUAGGGGUUUGGGUCAUUACCUCUACAUUUGACACCAUGAUACUGUUGCAGACAGAGGGGGAUUAUUCCAUUCAGAUAGGUUGUGAGCAGCUGUCUAAAGAGUUCAGGUAUCUUCCAAGUCUUAUCCACAAGUAUCGGUGAAAGGGAUUGACUUUUGUGUAGGUGCAGCAGCUGCAGUCAUGUAGGCAAUGCAAUGGACUGUGGUGAUAAAUAAGCUUAGCAAAAAAGCAAAGCUCUAGAUCCACCAAUUAAUUUUUGUUCCAGCCCUCAACUACAGUCAUGAGCCCUGAACACCAGAAGAGAGAAACAAUGAAUACAAAUGGCAGAACUGAGGUUCUGUGCCAUUUUGCAGAUCUCACUCUUUUAUGAUAAGGUGAUGAUGUCAGUGCUUCAAGAGGACUUCAAAGUAAGCCAAACUAAACUUAGUUUGGUUAGAGCAGUUAUCUUAUUUCUUUGUCCAAAGACAUUAAGUCUGGUGAAUCAGAGAUACUAAAUUGCCCCUAGGUGUGAAUGUGUGCAUGAAUGUGUCUGUCUGUGUUGUCUGCCCUGCGAAGGACUGGCAACUUGUCCAGGGUGUUCCUCCGCCUUCUGCCCAGUGAGCGCUGGGAUAGGCUCCAGCACCCCUUGACCCUAAUUAGGAUAAGCGACUUGGAAAAUUAAUGAGUUAUCUUGAAUCAUGGAGCAGUUUCCCCUGUAGUGUGGCUCAUCUGAGCAGGUGAAAACAUGCCAAUCACAUGCUGACUGAAGUAACUGGACCGAGACUGGGUUGAGUAGGUGGUUUUGGUGACACUCCAAAAGAAUCUUAGAACAGGAUGUUUUUCAUUAAGAAAGUGAUAAGAUCCCGAUUUGGACCAACAAUAGGAAGGGAGGUGCAUUGCGGUUCAGAUAUGGUUUAUAAUGUGAGCUGCAAGUAAAAAAAAAAAUUCCAAUAUGGCUGCCAAUGAAAGGAAAGAAAAUUACUUGGGAGGUUGUGCUAUUUCUCACAUUAUUUUUAUGAUGUUUUGAGCUUUUUUGGAAUUCAGUAUUAAUGUUUACAUGCCAUAGAAAGGUAUGUGAAACAAAUAAUAAUCAAGUGGCAUUGUAAAAAUGCAGACUGUUUUGAUGCUCCUUAUUAGUUUAUAAGCAGAAAAAAAUUAUUUCUCACACCAGUUAUUUGACUAAAGAAAAAGACUGAUCUCACAUUACUUUUUGUUGAUAAAUUAUACUUUGCAUGAAAUUUUGCAUUGUGUAACAUAAUUGCAUCAAUAAGAAAUUGUUACAGUGUAACAAAUUAUUCCCUGAUUUGGCCAAAGCAAACAGACUAUAGAUGUGAAAGCAUCGUAAGUAGAGCCAGUUGAAGGUCAGCUACAUGUAAGGAUGUUCCCAGGAUGCCUCCUUUUGGAGAUCUACAUAUCAGGACCAGCUGUGAGGAGUCCAAAGGGCAGACUUGGGAAAUGCUGGAGCAAUUAUGUCUCCUAGAUAGCCUAGAAACACCUUUAGAUCUCCCAGGGUGGACAAAGGAAAGCUUCCAAGAAAAGGGACAUCUGAGUUUCUGUGCUAGCCCUACUGCCAUGUCAUCUGUGGCCCAAAAAAAUUUAAGAGAUGAAUGGCUGGAUGGGUGUCCCUAAAGAUAGGAGUGAUAACUUUUCAAAUUCAUUGCAAAAUUACCAAUUUAUGUUUCUAUGUGAGUGGUUUGUGUAGGUAAGGGGAAAUUGACUAUUUGGAAUGGGUGUUGAUAUUAUCCCAAAGGAUAUCAAUUCCAUUUGUCACUAUAGUUAAAAAAAGAAAAUUAUCCCAAAUAUACUGCAGUAUCUAAUUGCAACUUGCAGUUUAUCAUAAAACAUUGACCCUAUAAACAUCAUUGGGUUGUUGCCUCUCUGUAGUUAGGCCAGCAUUAGAUGAUUUUUCAUGCAAUUUGGUUGUAAGCAACUGGGUUGCAUUCCAGUUGCACUGUAUAGCACUCCAUACGUCCGACAAGUUUCGUGUGAACAAGUUGCAGUUGUAACCCAUUUAACCUUUUGCAACUAGUUUUAUGCAAUAGCUAAUUGAAAUACUGACCUGUCAUGUGACUUUCCAAUUAGAUAGUGAGCCAAAUAGUGUAUCAGCUGUUAUUUGCAUAUUUGCAAACAUUGGACUGCAAACCAAAACGAAUGACCAGGACCCAGGAAAAAGAAAUUGCCAGUGAGUAUUUUGAAGGUUAGUGGAUUAACAUUGCGUUGAAGUCCUAUGUGUGCAGGGUAAUUUUAAGUAUUUCUCAUCAGUUUCUAGAAAGUUAACUUGGCAAACUAUCAACUGAGCUGUUUCGUGACUUUAGUAUUUACCAACAGCUAUGCAAUAAUCUUUUGUGUAUCAUUAAUAAGUUGCGUGAAGUUUUGAUAGCGUUAGAAAUGCUUUGUGUAAAAUUGCAUGAACCUUCACAACUUGCAACUUACAUGAGUAAUUUUCUUUUGUAACGCCAGCCUAAGAGCUCUCUGGGAUUUCCAUCCCCAGUGUAAAUUGGUAAUAAUGGGGCGGCAGUGGCUCAGGAGGUAGAGCAGGUCAUCUGGUAACUGGAGGGUUGCCGGUUCGAUCCUUGGCUCCUCCAUGCAAAAAUGUCGAGGUGUCCUUGAGCAAGACACUGAACCCCUAACUGCUCCUGAUGAGCAGGUUGGUGCCUUGCAUGGCUGACACCACCAACAUUGUAUGUGUGUGUGCGUGCAUGGGUGAAUGUAAGCAUUCUUGAUUGUAAAGCACUUUGAGUGGCUCUUGCUCGAUGCAGUUGCCUUCUGGGGACGGGUUCACGCCUUGGUCUCGUCAGAUCUGACUAUGGCCGGAUUCCAUGAAGCAGCAAUAAUUGGCAACGCUGUCUUCGGGAGGGGGGCGAAGUUGGCUUGUGUUCGUCACAUGAAUGCGUCUCUGUGUGUGUCGGAAAAAGUGGUUCGGCCUGGAUUCGCCUUGUCACGGAAGUGGCGAGGCAUCUCCUUCGAGACUGCUGGCUGGCGAGAUGCAGUUGGCGAACGCGUGCAGUACGAGGGUGGGUGUUUGAACUAGAAUAGGGAGCAAUUGGCCACUAAAUUGGGAGAAAAAGGGAAAAAUCAGAAAUAAAUCUUUAUAGUGUAGCUCUUGCAGCGAGAAAAGCACUAUAUAAAUGCAAUCCAUCCAUUUUUAAUAACAAAUAAUUGCAAAAUGUAACUGUCUGAAACAAAAAUUUUGGUGUGUGUGUCCAACCAACUGGAGAGGGAACACUCCUCUUAACCUGCACCAGACUGAAUGACUUGCAUAUGGAUAUGCAGAUGAAAGAAAUUGACCUCUUUUGAACAUUAAUUUGACUUUUGUAAGGGAAAGAACGGUGUCUUUUGAGAUGUGUCUGAUUGAAAGAACAAAAGUUAAAGGGUCUCUGAAAUGUUUUAUGCAUGUAGAACUAUUGCUACUUAAGUUAAACCUAACUUAAGUUUAGCUGCAGAGAAAACUUCUCAAGUUCCCUAAAAAUGCCCAAGUUUUUGCUUUCUUCUGAGUGAGUAUCUUAAAAAAUUUUGUCUCUAUUCCAAGUUCACUAAUUCUUUUAUGGAAAAUAUAAAAAAAAGUUGCACAUGCAAUAAAUCAUGCCACUUUCAGUAACUAUCUUGAAGAUGUGGUUUACUAGCAAGAAUUGGUUUUUGGUUUAAUUUAUGACAUGGGGAAAAAAAUUAGCCAGGAUCCCUAGCUAUAGACUAUAAUAACUUGGGGUCCUGGCCCAGCUAAAAACGUCUGAAAUCUCGAUGUAGAGGUGUGCUGCAGGGAAUUGACAAAUGUUAUUGAUUAAACCUCAGACCAUGCUGCUCUAGCAGAAGGAUUCCUCCGGUGUCUCUCUGUCAAGAGUCCCACUGAAGUCUCGCUUUGUGUUGGCCAUUUUGUGGCACCCUUAAAACGCAUUCCAUGUAAUCAAAAUGGAGCACAAGUGACUGGCGUGUUUUGGAUAAUGAAGUAUGUUCACUGUGGAUGGUGUCAGCCGUUCCCUCAUCUCUGCAAGAUCAAGUACAUCCUCAACGGAUCAUUUACUAUUAUAUUAUACAUCAUAACUUAGAAAAAAAUGUUACAGCUCAAAGGAAUUAGGAGUGUCUAUGUUUUAUCCUGUGACGCUAGUGUAUUUGACUUUUUUUUCCAGCUUUUGCCUCAUUCAAACUGAAAGAGUUAAAGAAAAAUAUAUAUUGAACAUCUACAUGUUGUUAAUAUGUAAAUGACUGAUGUGAUUGUUUUGCAAAAUAUUGCAGAUAUUUUUGCCAGCAGCAGAGAUUGUAUAUUAUAUAAAUUAAUGAAACCGAAUAAAAAAAGGUUUGAUCAUCCA